AAAAUUUUUUUACAGAAUCAUGAUAGGACCGGAUAAAAUAGCGCAGCUGAUACUAUUCGUGACGUCUUUGGCGGAGACUCGAACGAUCUUAGACAUACUUUACAGUUACAAACUACCGAAUAAUAUUUUGAACAGAGAGGAGGCAGGCAAUGGGAAAUACGAUUUUAUUAUAGUUGGUGCCGGAUCCGGUGGAUCUGUCUUGGCAAAUCGGUUGUCCGAGAACAAAGGAUGGAAUAUCCUCGUGUUGGAAGCUGGAAAUACCGAGAAUUUAUUGAUGCAGGUCCCAUCUUUGUCGGUGUUGAUGCAAUUCUCACCCUUUAAUUGGGGCUACAAGGUGGAACCCCAGGAAAAUGCCUGUUUAGGCAUGAUCGAUCGACAAUGCGCUUGGCCACGGGGAAAAGUCGUAGGUGGGAGCAGCUCGAUCAAUUAUAUGAUCCAUACACGGGGAAAUAAAUUGGAUUAUGAUCGUUGGGCUGCGUUGGGGAACGAGGGUUGGUCUUAUCGGGAGGUGCUGCCUUAUUUCAAGAAGAGCGAGAGAUUCAACGUUCCAGGCAUCGAGAACAGCUCCUAUCACGGUUACGACGGCCAUUUGUGCGUCGAGCAUUCCUCGUACCACUCGGAAAUAGGGAAAGCCUUCCUGGAAGCGGGUGAAGAGUUUGGUUACAAGACAAUCGAUUACAACGGCGAGGAGCAAAUCGGUUUCUCCUUCAUCCAAGCGAAUCUGGACGCUGGGGUUAGGUGUAGCGCCGCAAAGGCGUACUUACAAGCGAACAGGCCGAACCUGAACAUCGUGACCCGAGCAAAAGUGACGAAACUUUUGAUGGACGGGAAACGAGUUCACGGUGUCGUGUACGUGAAGAACAAACGUUGGAAGAAAGUAUUCGCCACGAAAGAGGUGAUCCUCUCGGCCGGCACCAUAGACACACCUAAACUGUUAAUGCUGUCGGGUAUAGGGCCUAGGGAACAUUUGGAGAAAUUGGGUAUCAAAGUGGUCCAAGACUCGAAAGUGGGUUACAACGUGUACGAUCACUUGGGUUUCUUGGGUAUUUCGUUCACGGUGAAGAACGUGGUCACGCAAUCGAUCAGGAACGCGUUCAAAUCUGAGGUACUAUUGGAAUACGUUUUGAACAGGAACGGUUUCUUAUCGUCGAUCGGAGGGCCAGAGGCGAUAGCUUUCGUCCGAACCAAGUACGCGACCGACAGCAGGCCCGAUCUAGAGUUGUUGUUCAUCUCAGGAAGUUUGAACUCGGACGGUGGAACUUUGAGCGAGGCGAUGAGGGUGAGGAAGGAGGUGCACGAGGCCGUGUACGAGUCGUUGGGGGACAACGAGACGUGGACGAUCUGGCCGAUCGUGCAGCAUCCCAGAAGCGUUGGAAGGAUCAGUUUGAAAUCCAAGAACCCGUUCGAUCCGCCCAGGUUGGAGCCAAACUUUUUCUCGGAUCCGCUCGACGUGGAAGUUAUCUUGGAAGGGGUUAAAAUCGCUAUGAAUAUAUCGAAUUCGAAAGCGUUUCGAAGAUACGAGAGCACGUUGCACGAUGGGGUUGUACCGGGUUGUAGGAUAUUCGAAUUUGGAAGUGACGAUUAUUGGAGGUGCGCCAUCAGACACUUGCCAUCUAUGAUGAAUCACGAGAUAGGCUCGGUUAAGAUGGGACCCAGAAGUGAUCCCGACGCUGUGGUGGAUCCACAGUUGAGAGUGUACGGUGUUCGGGGAUUGAGAGUGGUGGACGCGUCUAUAAUGCCGGCUAUACCCGUUGGACACGUGAAUGCGGGUAUUUAUAUGAUAGGCGAGAAAGCGGCUGAUAUGAUUAAACAAGAGUGGCAAAUGGGAUAUGAGAAUUAGAAUCAUACGUUUGAAUUAAAUUCUGAUGCAGGAAAAA